UUUUUUUUUAUAUUAAUUAUAAUACUGAAUUUUUUUUCUUUCUUUUAAAAAAUUUUCUACAGUUAAUCACUUAAAAAUGUCAGCUUACUCCGAGGAUGUUUUAAUCUCUAAACUCAAUAAACUUGUCGAUACUCAAGAAUCUAUUUCCCUACUAUCACAGUGGUUUAUGUAUCAUCGGCGACAUGUAGCAACUAGUGUUGAUAUUUGGAACCGUGAGUUGCGAAAAGCAAGCUCAGCGCGGAAAGUAUCAUUCAUAUAUCUUUGUAAUGAUGUCUGUCAAAAUAGUCGUCGCAAAGGUCCAGAAUUCAUACGAGAAUUUCGUAAAGUGCUUCCGGAUGCCGUUGAACAUGCUUAUCGUCAUGCAACCGCAGAUGUUCAAAAUAAAAUAAGGCGUGUUGUCAAUAUUUGGGAGGAACGGGAAGUCUUUGAUAGGGAUUUUCUAAAUGAAUUACGGAAACGUUUCGCAGGAACAAAUUCACCACAAUUAGGAAGUUCUAAUGCAAAAAGAGCAAUAGACAAACAAAUAAAAACAAGUAUUCCUACGACACCACCUCCUGGACGUUCCGAUAUAGCCAAAUUAGUGACGACCACACAUAAUAUUGUAGAAUCAGAAUCUAUUAUUCAGGAAUAUGGAAGGAAGGUAACAAAACUUUGGACAGAAGUAAUGGAAGCAGAAGAAAAGCCUAGUCCGUCUAUUCUUUCGCAACAGCUUGACUAUCUUCUACGAGUGCUGACAGAACAUCAAAAUUUAAUUACAAGGAAUAUUACCAAUCGGACACAAUUCAUCAUCCAGAUGAAAGAAAUAAUAGCACAAGAAGAAAUGAAGCUUAGAAUGGAUAACAAAAAUCUUUUAGAUACUCAAAGCAAAAUUAAUGAAACUAAAGAAUGUUCUGAACAAUUAAAAGCUAUUACAGAAUUUUCAACAAUCUCCAUUAUGGAUGAGCAUAAUAAACAGCAGCAUCAAAUGGAACAAAUUCCUGAAAUUAAACGAGAAGAAUCCAGAGAAAAUAACAAUUCAGUUUACGACCCCACCAGCCAUUUAAUUCUUCCGCCUACAUCUUUCGCUGCUGAUAUUUUGCCUCCAUCUGAAACUCAGUUGUUCGGAGAUUCAUUAAUUAAUAAUUAUUUGCAACUUCCAUAUCAAACUACAUCUAUUUCUUCAUCAAUAUCUAAUUCGCCAGCACCUUCUAAUACUAGUGAUGAGCAUAGUGAUCCCUUAGUUUCUGCGGAUACAUGAAAAAUAAGAAUCAUCUCAGCUGGAUCUGACCUUAAUUAGUUAAUAAAUAUAUAUGUAGCAUUUCGUUUAUAUUUGUAAUAAAAUAGAUAAAGUAAUAAAUCAUAAAUAUUAUUAUUGAUUGAUAGAUUAUUUACACUAAAACAAGAAACCUAUUUGAAGUAUGAA